GACCCAAAAAAAAAAAAAAGAUAGCGCGGAGAAUAUAUGCUCACAGGCUCACGCAACCGCAGGAAGAUAACCGAAAGGGAUACGCCUCAGCCGGCGUCAGUGUUGUUAGUUGAGAUCCAGUUCAAUUGUAGAAGCUGACUUCCAAGCGUUCAAUAGUAGACGAAAAUGAAGUUAGGAAGGAUGAGAGACAGAGAGAAAGUGAGAUAUGGUGGAGUUAGACGGGGGCAAAUGUUACUGCAACCAUUUCUUUUUUUAUGCGCAUUGGUUGCUGGUUUUGGCCUGCUGACGCUUGCGCUUAGACCGUUGGAUCCUCCUAUUGUGGUCGAUUUCCCCGUACAAGUUGGGCUUGGAGACUCAAAAGUCUCAAGUAUUGAUGGCGGCAUUGUGGUGGCCUCUGAGCGCUUAGGGAACAGGGUAGAGAAAUCAUGCGCCACGGUGGAAGAGAUGGGGCACGAUUUCAGAAGCGUUGAUUGGAAAGAAAAUCUGAGAGUGAGAAGAAUUAUCGAAAAUCAUUUUAUUGUGAAUGGGGCGUCAAGAAUCAGGGAUCUACCCCCAGAGCAAUUUUGUAGUCAUGGGUUUGUUCUGGGUAAGACCUCAGAGGCAGGUUUUGGGAAUGAAAUGUACAAGGUCUUAACUGCCGCGGCACUGAGUGUGAUGUUAAACCGGUCCCUUAUCAUUGGCCAAACCAGAGGUAAAUAUCCUUUCGGGGAUUAUAUUUCUUAUCCCAACUUUACCUUUACGAUGAAAGAAAUCAAGCACCUGUGGAGACAAAAUAGUUGUGAAAGCAAAUAUGGGAGGCAUCUUAUUAUGAGAACAGAUGAUUUUGAAAAGCCGGCUCAAACUAAUGUUCUUUGUGGCAAUUGGAAGAAAUGGAAGCAACCUAUUAUAUGGUUGCAAGGAACUACAGAUGCUGUGGCAGCACAAUUUUUCUUGAAAAAUAUUCACCAUGAGAUGAGAACUGCUGCUUCUGAUUUAUUUGGUGAUCCACUAGUUCUAGGAUCACGUCCUAAUGUAUUUGGGGAGCUAAUGAGAGUUCUCAUAUCACCUUCCAAAGAUGUUGAAGCAGCUGUUAAUUGGGUUAUUGAUGGCAGGGAGGAUCCUGACAUUUCAAUACAUAUGCGAAUGUUUAUGAACAGGUCUGUGAGAGCUGUACAAGCAGCAUUACGGUGCAUUAAAAAGGCCAUUCGAAAUCAAAAUCUAAGGUUAAGGCCAAAGGUGGUUUUGGUGUCUGAUACGCCUUCUGUUGUUAAAAGUAUGAUUCGCAACAUAAGUGAAUUUGCAGAGGUUCUUCAUUUCAACUAUGAACAUUUCCGGGGGAAUAUACAUAAAGAAUUUCUGAAAUCAGAUUUUAGAGUGAAGGACUGGGGUUCAGCACCUCGAUGGGUUGCUUUUGUGGACUUUUUCCUUGCAUCUCGUGCAAAAUAUGCUGUUGUUUCUGGAGCUCACCGGCGUGUUGGGACUACCUAUGCUCAAUUAGUUGCUGCACUGGCUGCAACGCGCAACCUGGGGGAUAAUACGACUACGUCAAAUUUUGCAUUUUUUAGCAGUUUCCAGAGCAAUUUGUUAACGGCGGGUCUGAAGAAUCAGAUCGGCUGGGGUCACGUGUGGAACAGAUUUGCUGGUCCUUUGAGUUGUCGUAGCCAGGCCAACCAAUGCGCCUUCACUCCACUUCUUCCUCCAGGUUGGUGGGAUGGCCUUUGGCAGUCUCCCAUUCCGCGGGAUAUCAAUCGCCUGGCUUCUUAUGGCGUUAAACUGUCUGGUCUUGGUACUGUUAAUGACGUCUCUCUUCAAAAUUACUGUAAUUCGAGGAAAAAUGUUGUGAGAACCGUUAAAUUCAAGUUGUAGUGUGUGGGAGUAACAUUUCAUUGUAAUCAUAUGCUUUAGGAUUACCAUACUAGUAGCAUAACAGAAUUAGUUACUCAUCCUUUCCUUUCAGCGUACAAGUGACCCCCCUAAUCAAAGCUCCGUGCAAUUUUUGGCAAGCGCCUUAGGA